AUGUCAUCAAAUUGUUUACCAAUUAUAGAAUUUACAUUUACCUUUGAUAAUUUAAAUGAUCCAUUCGUUUUAAAUAAUUUUAUUUCAACUAAAGAAAUUGUUGAUUUAUUAAUCAAAUCAAUGGAAAUUGGUUAUAAUGGUUUCGAAAUCUAUAGAUUUAAUGAAAAAUUCAAAGAAUAUGUUGAUCAACUAUCUAUCCCAAAACAGUGUUCAUUUUUUGAUGAACUUAAAAAAUCAAUUUAUUAUUAUUUAAAUCCAGAUAAUUAUCAAUUUAAAAAUUUACAAUCUAGAAUUAAUUUUAUAGAAAAAAUGAAAAAAAUUAAUUUUAUUGAUAUAAAUACCACCAAUGCCACCAAUAUCAAUUAUAGUAAUAAUAAUAACAAUAUUAUGUUUAUCAAUAAUUUUGGUAUAUUAACAAAAGUAUUAAUUUCAAAAGGUUCUAUUAUACCUUCAACAGUACUAUUAGAUUUAAUUAAAAAUAAUAAUAUCAAAGCAUUUAAUUUAUUAAUUCAAUUUAAUUUAAUUCAUAAAAAACAAUUUCUAUUUAAUUAUAUUUUUAAAAAUCAAUAUAAUAAUAAAAUCAUUUUAUAUUUAAUUUCAAUUGGUUUUUUAAAAAUUAAAGAUUUAUCUUUUUUAAUUAAAUUAUCAAUUAAAAGUAAUAAUUUUGAAUUAAUUGAUUUAUUAUUAUGUAGAAAUCAGCCUCAAAACUACCCAAAAAUAAUUCCAUUUCAAAUUUCAAUUGCUCAAAAUGAGAAACAAGAAUUUAUAAAAAAUUAUUUAUUUGAAAAUUAUAUUGAUUCGGUUCACUAUUACCUUUUAAAAUUUAGGAAAAGUUAUAAAGUAAUAUUUUAUCUUUUAGAUAAUAAUAAUUAUUUUUACUCACCAAAUCAAUUACAAGAAUUAUCAUUAAAAAGAAAUUGUAAAAUUAAUAGUAUUGCUUACCAAUGUCAUAGUAAAACUUUAAAAGAAUUUUUAAAAUCAAUUAGUUAUAAACACCAAAAUUCAAAUAAUAAUAAUAAUAAUAACAAUAAUUAUAAUAAUGAAAUUAUUGAUAAAAAAUAUCAAGAAUUAAAAUUUAAUUUUUAG